UUUAUGCAUUAUGUACAUAUUUUUAAAGGAUCGUGAUGAUCCUGAAAUUCAGAAUCCCGCCAUUGCAAAGAUCCAAUUGGUGUGUUGGAUUGAGCGGCUUCAAGUCAAUUCUGUUCUUGACAUGACAGAUACUACUGGCAGUAAGGUUCGCUUGGGAUGACGAACACUGCUUAGGCUCUUGGAAAAAUAUCACAUCAAAUCCCCAGUUGAUUGCCGAAGCUAACCAUCUGAACUUGAAACAGUUUACAUAACCAACAAAUAGUGUGCAUGUUCAUUGAACAGAGCGUUUCGGCCUAUUGCACAAGCUCCAGGUCUCUGCAACAGCACCUCUUCUUCCUAUUGCACAACCGCUGCAAAACGAUAAGGCAGCUCUCGCAAAUUCAUGCGCACAUAAUCACCAAUGGGUUUGCCGAGAAAAGCUUCAUUCUUGUCAAGCUAUUGUCUCUUUAUACGGCUUUCAACAAUUUCCCGCGUGCCCACCAAGUGUUCGACCAGGUGCCGUAUCCGAGUGCUGCACUCUGGAACCAGAUUAUUAGGGGCUGGUCGAUCGGUGGAAACCCGUGUAACUCGGUGGAGUUGUUUAAUAGUAUGUGCCGUUCUUUAGUGCUGCCUGAUGGGCAUACGUAUACUUUUGUUAUUAAUGGUUGUGCUAAAGGAGGGUUGUUGGGAGAGGGGGAGCAGGUUCAUGGGAAGGUUUUGAAGAGCGGGUUCCGUUCUAAUGUUUAUGUUGGGACCAGUUUGAUUGAUUUUUAUGUGAAGAGUGGUGGGGAUGAUGGAGUUGGGAAGGCGAAGCGUGUGUUUGAUGAAAUGGGCGAGAGGAAUGUGGUCACGUGGAAUUCGUUGCUUUUGGGGUGCUUUCAAUGUGGAGAUGUUGAUGGGGCAAGAAGAGUGUUUGAGGAGAUCCCGGGGAGGAAUGUCGUAUCGUGGACCACCAUGAUUGCUGGAUGCGCCCAAAAUGGGAGGUGUAAGGAAGCAUUGGCCUUAUUUUCUGAGAUGCAGCUGGAGAAUAUGGAGUUUGACCAGGUCACCUUGGUGGCAGUUCUAUCAGCAUGUGCUGAAUUGGGUGAUCUGAACUUGGGGACGUGGAUCCAUUCAUAUGUUGUUGAGUCUUUCACUUACAGAAAGCAGCCUCUUCUCAUAUCUUUGAAGAAUGCACUGAUACAUAUGUAUGCCAGCUGUGGUGAAAUUGACGCUGCAUUUGGAAUAUUCAAAGGUAUGGAUCAGAGAACUACUGUUUCUUGGACUAGCAUGAUUACAGGCUUCGCGAAACACGGUUAUGGAGAUGAGGCUCUUUCUGUGUUUCAGUGGAUGGAAAGCAUAGAAGACAACAAUGUCAGACCUGAUGAGAUCACAUUCUUGGGUGUUCUGUGUGCCUGCAGCCAUUCUGGCUAUGUCAACGAGGGUCGCCAUUACUUUCGGAGUAUGAUUGAGACUUGGGGAAUUGAACCAAGGAUAGAGCACUUUGGGUGCAUGGUUGAUUUGUUGAGUCGUGCUGGAUUGUUGGAUGAAGCACAUGAUCUGGUGAAAUCUAUGCCUAUGAAGCCGAAUGAUGCGGUUUGGGGUGCCAUUCUUGGUGGAUGUAGGAUAUACAAAAGUGUGAAGCUUGCUUCUGAUGUAGCUGAUUGGUUGACCGAGGAACUUGACCCUCACCGAACUGCGGGCUACUUUGUGCUAUUAUCCAAUGUAUAUGCUGCUGCUAAGAAGUGGCAGGAUGUCGUGGCUAUCAGGCAAAAGAUGCUUGACAUAAAGGCGAGGAAGCCUCCCGGUCGAAGUUGGAUCCAGAUAGAAGGAAACAUAUUUGAAUUCCUGGCUGGUGACAGGUCUCAUGAGAGUGUAUCUCUGAUAUAUAAUGUUCUUGAUGAGAUCACAAGGGAAGCCAGGUUUCAAGGCUACAAUGCAUAUUCUGCUGAUGCUUUUACGUACGUCGAGGAUUAAGACAAGUAUGAGGUAAAAGAUGGUUGGAACAAAAACAAGAGAACCUCCUGGUUGAAAUUAAUCCUGAAAUUCUAGCUGACAACAUCAGAAGCGCUCGUCUUCAUGCCAAGAGCUGCCGGCUGAGCAAAGGAAGCAAUGCUGCUAGGCUAAAACGCCAGAUAUUACCAAUGCUUAUCUGGCAACAAGUGCCCUUCAAGUUUCUCCAUAAUAAAGUCUGCCUCUAAUUGCAAUUGAGAUUAACGGAUUAAAUCAUCAGUGAAGUUGUUGCUGGUACAUGUUGCUUUUUUUUUUUUUAUCAAAGAGGCACUUGGGCGGAUCACAAGAACUGGGAUUGCAUCAUUGCAUAUUUUUUGUGAUAGAAGCAUAAAAACAUAUGCCACUGGAUUGAUGGAUUGCACCCAUAUUUCUUUCCUCGGGAAUUCUAGGUUCCCCACCUAAUGCGACUAUGUGGAAA